UGUCUGGUGUCCUCCCGCGGCGUGCACUCCAACUGCUGUCUUUCACAAAGUAGAGCCGAAUAAAGUACAAUAUAAUGGCUUCACUCAUCAGGAGGAUAAUCAACACAGCGAAAGCCCCUGCAGCCAUCGGCCCGUACAGCCAAGCUGUGGUGGUCGAUCGCACCAUGUACAUCUCAGGACAGCUGGGGAUGAACCCUGCCAGUGGACAGCUGGUGGAGGGAGGCGUUCAGGCCCAGACCAAACAGGCUCUUGUGAAUAUGGGUGAAAUCCUGAAAGCUGCUGGCUGCGGUUAUGAGAAUGUUGUGAAAACCACAGUGCUCUUGGCAGACAUGAAUGACUUCAACAGUGUCAAUGAUGUUUACAAGCAAUUCUUCAGCACCAACUUCCCAGCCAGAGCUGCCUAUCAGGUUGCUGCUCUUCCCAGGGGUGGACUGGUAGAGAUUGAAGCGGUUGCUGUGUUGGGCCCUCUGACCGAUGGCUCCUGAUUAAAAACAUCUAUAAAAAGAUGAAACCAAAAUUGGGCACAUAUGAGAGCUCAUGACCACCGGAGCGCCCUUUUUACAGUAUCUGCAGAUCAUCUUACUUGUGGAAAUUGAAUUAACAAAUUUCCUGCAUUGGACUGAUUGUCCAAUUGAUAAUUUGUAAUAGAUGUAUUAGCUUUUAUAAGGCAUUAAAUGAUCAUUACUGCAGGCUCACGACAUGUGACGAAGGUCAGUAGGUCCACCUUACCUUGGCAUAGUUUUACAACGGCAGGCUACUGCAGCACUUUCUCCUCUCUCAUUAACAUUGAUUAGGAGUGUUUGGAAACAGUCUCUAAACUGCAACACGUUUUAUAUUCCCUGUGCUCACAUUUCAGGUACAAUGGCUGAAAGGUGCCCACUCUUGUUUGCUGUAUUGAAUUACAGUGCCAGUCUGUGUUGGCACCAGUCAUAGCCAUGACUGUCUGCUCUGGUAGAUGGUAAAUGAUGGAUGAAUAAUAAAUGUUUUAAUUCACUUUAA